AUGAAGGACGCAAAGAUGUUGCUACUUUUUCAGAACGAGAUUGGACAAAUUAUUGGCCGCAGACUAACCCGCUCAGAAAACAACGAAGAAACGCGAGCAUUAUUUGAGCACGUUAAGAGCGUUGUUCAUACCGACACUGGUGGCGAAGAGCAGUUCGUUGUAAGUGAUAACGCAAAUGCGGUUUGGAGCAUGGUUAGUGACGUCUUUGGAGCUGGUGUUGGUGUUCGCCAAGAUCCUUUCCAUGUCGUUCAGCGCUUCACUGAAAAAGUUAAAGACAAGACCGAGAAAAAACUUUUGGCCAAGCGAUUGCACGACUCGAUUUAUGAUGUUGACGGAUGUCUACGCUCUCCAGCUCAAAUGUCCGAGCGUAUUAAAGAAGCUGUGGGCUCU